AUGCUAUACCACUAUAAAAACUUGAUCUGUAUCUUGAAUAUUAAUAAUAAUAAAAAUGUCAAACAAAACAAAAUUAAAAAAACUGAUCAAAUCUUACAUCAAAAUACCAUUAAUGCUACAUUUCGUGCACUUAACAAUUUCGAAAACCCUAAUAUUUGUGAAACUGCUCACAGCUUUGGGGUUUCAGAGACAACUCUUAGCCAUGCAAUAAAAAAUAAUGGCUCACUUAAAUGUCCUAGUCACACAACUGUCUUAAGCAAACAUGAAGAAACACAAUUAGUAGGCUAUUGCAAAAACAUGCAACAAUUGGGAUUUGGCUUAACAAAAUUGGGAAUUAAUUACUAUGUAAUAGAAAUUGUUUGCAGUAAUAAUUGUAACCAUCUAUUUGCUAAGAAAGGGCCUGAACAGGCCUAG